UCUUUCCCAAUCAAAAUGUAUUGCCGCCGUCAGUGGCAGCGAUUGACAACGCUACUGUCAAAUUAAUGACUGUGUUCAUCACAGGAGUUGCAAAAGUUCUAUUUGCUGCCUUUAAAAGGUUGACUGUGCAUGUUGGCGACGUUUCACGUGGAAGGAAUGCGCUGCGGUGUCAUCGGUGAGCAUCCUCUCGUGAUCUGGCAACCUUGAACAAACUGCGACAGCACAGACAGCAGCGCCAAUGGCAGCCAAACAUCCGAAGAGAAUGACAGCAACAUGGUUUGAGUAGUUGACACAGCAAAGAGCGCAAUCCCUCAGUCCGACUUAAGGCGCCUUAAAAGUCGUGCGAUGAAUGAGAGUCCCUGGCGGCGGAUGAGGUGAGGAAGAAGCAUGGGGUGUGAAUCCAAAGUGUCGAGGAGAACGUGACAGUAUGUUCUGCGUCGGAGAGACUCAAAAUGGAAAAGCACCCAUGCAGGGAGAAAAUUGACUCGAGCGGGGAUCGAAAUGCCGCCGACGAGCCCGAGGACGGCAGCGGCUCGGAAAGCGACGGCGAAGAGCGGCGGCGGAAUGUCGACCGUAAGAAGUGGGAGCCCCUGGUGGUGACCAAGCCCCAUCGCCAACUGUGUCGUUCUCCGUGCCUGGAUCAGCCCAGUUUUUCUCAGAGUAGCACGGUGCGCGAUUCCCGCGACGAUGACGCCGGUCCCGGGUCGGCCCUCAAAGCGGCCGGCGAGAGGGAGUACCAGACAAAAAUGGACUUUGCCUUGAAGCUAGGCUACUCGGGAGAGCAGGUGGAGAUGGUGCUCAACAAACUGGGGGCCGCCGCGCUCAUUAAUGACAUUCUCGCCGAGCUGGUAAGGCUGGGAAGCAAAGUGGAGCCUGAAAGUCAACCUUCCGGCGCAGCCGCCACGCUGCUGUCGCUCACCCCCUGUGUUAAAGAGACCGCGAGUCCCGAGGUGUCUGUGGAAGAGGAAUUAGCCGACCCUUUUGAUAACCUCAGGCCUGUUGUCAUUGAUGGAUCGAAUGUGGCAAUGAGCCAUGGAAACAAAGAGGUUUUCUCCUGCCGUGGUAUUCAACUCGCUGUAGAAUGGUUCCUGGAAAAGGGGCACAAAGACAUCACUGUCUUUGUCCCAGCAUGGAGAAAAGAGCAGUCGAGGCCUGAUGCGCUCAUUACAGAUCAAGAAAUAUUACGCAAGUUAGAAAAAGAGAAGAUCCUGGUUUUCACCCCGUCUCGGAGGGUCCAAGGCAGAAGGGUGGUGUGCUACGACGAUCGCUUCAUAGUGAAGCUGGCUUAUGAUUCUGAUGGAAUUAUUGUGUCAAACGACAACUACAGAGACUUGCAAAAUGAAAAACCAGAGUGGAAGAAGUUCAUCGAGGAACGUCUCCUAAUGUAUUCAUUCGUCAAUGACAAAUUUAUGCCACCCGAUGACCCGCUGGGAAGACACGGUCCGAGCUUGGAAAAUUUUCUUCGUAGGCGUCCCGUUGUCCCGGAGCAUAAAAAACAACCUUGCCCCUACGGCAAAAAAUGCACGUACGGACACAAGUGCAAAUACUAUCAUCCGGAGCGAGUUAACCAGCCGCUGCGCUCGGUAGCCGACGAACUGCGGGCCUUCGCCAAACUGUCCGCGGUGAAGACCAUGAGCGAGGGGGCCUUGGCCAAAUGCGGCGCCGGUCCGGCGGCGGCCAACAGGGACGGCAACUCCGAGGCCAAGCGCGUGGCGCCUAAACGACAGUCGGACCCGAGCAUUCGCUCGGUGGCCUGCGAGUCUCCGGAUAGCCUGUCGGCGGUGAGGAAGUCUGAGACAAAUUCAGUGCCUUCCCUUGUGACCGCUCUCAGCGUGCCCACCAUGCAGCCCGCCAAGAGCCACGCGGCCGGGGCCUUGAACACGCGAUCGGCCAGUAGCCCCGUGCCGGGUUCUUUGCAGUUCUCCCACAGUUCGCUGGAGCACAUGUCCAGCGUGCAGUACCCUCCCAUUUUGGUCACCAACAGUCACGGUGCUUCGGUCACGUAUGGCGAGCCGUACCCCAAGUACGACUCGGUCAGCGACCACGGCUAUUAUUCGCUGCACAGCGACUUUUCCAACAUGAGCAUGAGCAGUAUGCACAACGUGGACAGUUUCUGUAGCGUGGAGCACGAGCACGUGGUGUGCCAGAGAAGUCGCAGCCACUGCCCGGAAUCUUGCCUCAGCCACUCCAACAGCGACUCUUUCUCCUCCUACGGCGACGUGUACCCGAGCUCUCUGGAAGGCAGCCUGGAGGAAGGCGUGAAGUGCCAGCAGCAGCAGCAGCAGCAGCAGCAGCAGCAGUCGCCCGGCGCGGGGAGAAUGCAAGCUUUCUCCCACGGCUUUCGACACGAAGCGCUCGGCAGGGUGCAGAGUUACGGGGCGGAGGAGAGCAAGCAGGGUCCGCGGAAGCAGCAGACCGCCCCUCACCUGGCCCCGCGCAUCCAGCACGUGCCGGUGGGGGCCAGGUCCAGCUGCCCGGGGGACUACCCGGCCGUCCCCAACGUCCUACCGCCGCAGCCGGCGCGCUCGCUGGGCAUGACCCGCAUGGACAGCAUCUCCGACUCCCGGCUGUACGACAGCAACCCGAUGAGACAGAGGCGACCGCCGCUGUGCCGCGAACAGCACGCCAGCUGGGACCCUCUGCCCUGCGGGAACGAGUCCUACGGUUACCACUCGUACCCGCUGAGCAACAGCCUGAUGCCGUGCUGCGAGCGGGUCAUGGUCCGCAGCAUGCCGGACAAAAUGGAGCAGAUUUGGAGCUCGCCGUGGGAGACCUCGGCGGCGGCGGCGGCGGCCGAACACCAAGAACGGUACGUCAUCCCAGACCACCAAUAUCAAACGUAUCGGAACCUUUGCAACAUUUUUCCGGCCUACGUGGUCCAUUCGGUGAUGGAGAAGAACCCUCAUUUGACAGACCCCCAACAACUGGCAGCUGUCAUUGUUACAAAUUUAAGGUCUUGUCACUGAGGCAGGGUAGAGGUAUUUUGAUUGUCAAGGCACUUGAUAAAUGUUGCCCAAUGCGCAACGUUUGCCCUCAGGAGUUAUUUUUAUUUAAUGUCUCUGGUGCAAAAUCACCAGCAAGAUGACAUUAAGGUAACCGCAUAGAUAAAGUUUGUCUGACAUUUUUUUUUUAAAAAGUACAAUUGUAAAAUGUUUCACGUAGACUGCUGCGCGUUCAUAUGACGUGUUGCACAUUAGUAAAAGGGAACAACUUUACUGAAUGUGUUUCACAAUGCAUCUUUCAUAUCUGACCAGGGACCCAGUUUCCAUUUUAAAUGGCGUACAAAAUCAAAUUAUCUAUAGGUUGUCAGACCACAGACUUCACUAUCAGUUGACGGGAAACAAGGCGCGGGCCGCUCCGUCCGGGGCCUAUUUUCAAAACCAAAGCUGUUAGCGACCUAAAACCCUUAAGCAUAUACAGUGUAUCACGAAAAUGAGUACACCCCUCGCAUUUCUGCAGAUAUUUAAGUAUAUCUUUUCAUGGGACAACACUGACAAAAUGACACUUUGGCACAAUGAAAAGUAGUCUGUGUGCAGCUUACCUGUAUAUAAUAGAGUUCAUUUAUUUUCCUCUCGAAAUAUAGCCAUUAAUAUCUAAACCCCUGGCAACAAAAGUGAGUACACACCUAAGUGAAAGUUGUCAAUAUUAACAUAGAACAUGUCAACUGUCAAUAGUUUGUGUGGCCACCACUAGGGGUGUGACAAAAUAUCGAAAUGGUGAUAUAUCGUGAUACUUUGUAUGCCAAAAGGUUAUCGAUAUGCUCCUGCCAAGAAUCGAGAUAUUGUUCUAAGAAGGUGUCAAUGUUUAAAAAAAAACAAAAAAAACAUUUUUUUUUAAAGUAUAUAUAAAAUGAAUUAAAAAAACAUUGUGGUGGUCAGUAAAUGUUAAUUUCAUUGAGCAAGUGCAGGGAAAUAUAUAUGAAUCGUUCCAUUCUGAGGAAAAAAAUAUGGAAUCAUGAGAAACAAACAAAGAAAUAUCUAAAUCUCUAGUAUUUAGUAGCACCACCUCUGGCUUUUAUGACAGCUUGCAGUCUCUGAGGCAUUGACUUGAUGAGUAUUCUUCAUCAUUUUUAAGAUUUCAAGAUUUUCAAGAUUUAACCACAGCCAUCUCCCCAGUGCCUUUGCCUGACAUGCAGCCCCAUAUCAUCAAGGACUGAGGGAAUUUUGAUGUCUUCUUCAGGCAAUCAUCUUUGUAAAUCUCACUGGAACGGCACCAAACAAAAGUUCCAGCAUCAUCACCUUGGCAACAAGGACGUCCAUCCAGCCAGUGGUCCGUAGUCAGGAAGGCUGCAGCUGAAAAAGAGCCCCUCCCCAGAGGGGAGGGCGGAAAGGGGACACCAGGUGACUAGUGAUGAAGUGACUAGUCAACUAGAUAUUAAAAUUAGAAAAUAGAAAUAAAGUAAGACAAGAGGUAGGUAGAGUAAGAAAAAAGAGAUAGCACUCAGUGGCUGUACUUCCCCCAGCAUUGUAGCUUCUAGUGCAGCUUAGACUGAACUGUGAGUCUAGUCCGAUUUCAACUAGCCUGACCAUAAGCUUUGUCGAAUAGGAACCUUUUUAGUCUAAUCUUAAAUGUACAGACUGUCUCGGCUUCUUUAAUACUAGCUGGAAGCUGAUUCCAUAAAACAGGAGCUUGGUGGCUAAAGGCUCUAGCUCCGACUGUACUUUUAGAAACCCUGCAUUCUGAGAACAGUGUUCUGUUGGGGUGGUAUGGAACCAGAACAUCGGUGAGAUAGAUGGCCCCAAGCCGUUAAUGGUCUUAAAUGUAAGAAGGAGGAUUUUAAAUUAAAGUCCAAACAAAAUGAACACUCUUAAAUAAGCUGCAUACAGACUACUUUUUAUUGUGUCAACGUGUCAUUUUGUCAGUGUUGUCCCAUGAAAAGUAAUACUUAAAUGUCUGCAGAAAUGCGAGGGGUGUACUCACUUGUGAUAAACUAAUUUUUAUCUUAAUUACUCCUAAAUGGUCAAAAAUCUUGACUUUUAAACAGUUUUAAACCUUUCACAUGUCGACAGAUAAAAGGGAAAUCAUUGAAUCGGGAGCAAUUUUAACAACUUUAACGGUUGAUUCACAACAUGAAUUGAAUGUAGUUUAAAGUUGCUGAUAUAGAAUGGGGACUUGAGUAUUUUAUUUACUGUUUUGAGCUGUUAACUUGAUACUGAAAUAGUAGUUUGGUUUAUCCUGAGAGGAUUUUUAACAAUUUUGGAACUAAUGUACGAAACAUUAAAAGCGGGGGGGGGGGGCAUCAAUAAUCGAUUUAUAAUCGAAUUGUAGCCUCGGAAUCAUAAUCAAAUCGUUAGGUGCCCCAAGAUUCCCACCUCUAAUAAUUACCUUGAAUCUUUGUCCAAAUCCCUCUCGAGACAUUCUUGCCUGCUUGCCUGCUAAAACUUUAGUCCUGUUUCAACCUAAAUCUGGAGUCAGGGUUUAUUGCAGUGACAGCUGCCGUGACGCUUUGCCUGCCCCGGACCCCUACGGGAAGCCGUGGCGCAAUGUCUGUCUCGUCAACUGAUAGCGAAGUCUAUGCAUCGGUUAACCGGUACCAAACUAAAAACAAAGCAGCCGGCGAACACGGCUUGAACCGAUUGGCUUUUACGACGUUCCUGUUCAGGUCAUGUUAGACGCGCUGUGAAAUGCAUCACAAAUGUUUUGUGGUGCAGUGCUGAAACCUCUGAAUAACUACUUUCUUGAGCUUUGCCUCUGCUGUAAAUACUUUCCUGUGCAUUUGUUUCUAAGACGAGUAAAAGGGAGGGACACGCAUACCUCCGAGCAUGAACUAUGAUAUUUAAUGGCCUUAUUAUAUCUGAAUGACCUCACGCUUUAGUCGUCUUCGACGAACGUCUCUGUCGUCGAAGCCUCCUACUUUCCAACGUAAAGCACUAUCUCUCAGUAUCUACAGAGAUCUAUUUUCUCACUUUCACAAAGCCACUAUUUUGGUAGAAUUUGACAGUGCACAAAAGCGAGCCAAAAAGAGAUUUGUCUCGCGUCCGGGUGCACAUGUCGAUAUGUACAUAACAAUCACGCAAAAGCCAUUAUUUCAGUCAUUUAUAAGCUGCUAAAUAAUGCCAAAAAAAAAACAAAACGGUCAUGAUACAUCACAUUUCCCUUCACUUAAUUGGAACAGUCAUGUAUAUUUUUCUUGGAUUUGUUGUAAAAAUAGUAUUAUAUAUAUAUAUAUGUACAGUAGCACUUUGGAUCUAUCUUGUGCUUUUAGAGACGGCACUCGAGUGUUUUUAAUGAUUCGAAAUUAGCUUGUCUUCAUUUUUACUCGGAAAAAAAACACUAAAACUUGGGUGUUCAAAUCUACCUGGCCCGAUCUGAAAUGCAACUUUAUCAGUUGUUUGGUGCGUAUUUUUGAAAAAAUAUAUUUAUUCCAGGGCUAGAUAAAAUAUUAGCUUAAAAGAAUAAGCUCUGAAGUCCUCAAUAUUGUCAGUGGAGCUGUUCAUUGCUCAUUUUGUAUCGUAGAAUACUUUUACAUGCACUUAAAUGGACUGAGUUCACACUAAUGCACUCAAAGAAACUGGGACGGCAACUCUUAAGGUAUUAUAUAUUACAAUUUACAGUUUUAAAGCAGUUUCCAAUGCAUGUACGGAAAAUGUAAUGCAGUUAUGACACUGAGAUAGCACUGAAACUGUAUGAAACUGUGUAUUGACCCUUAAAGCAACACUAGGUAACUUUUCAACCUUUAUAAAAUAUUUCCAGAACAAUUGUGAUAAUAUGUGGAAAGAUAACUAGUUGAAUGACACCUCUUUUAUAUCUUGCGGGGGUCUAUAUCGCUUUCACCGGCACUCAUUAACUUUGAGGAGGGUGGCAGGAACCCCGCGUACAAAAAAAAGAAAAACUACAAAUGUGCUGACUUACGUUAUACGUCAACUUCCCCCUUUCCCCAUACGUUAUGAAGACUGAAGUCGAUGCGAACGCUUUCGAGCAAAAUCUGCAAAGAUGGCAGAGCAACAAAAGAGACAAAAAGUUUUGUCUGAGGAGGAAAAAAAGUGUAAAAGGACACUCAAUAAUAAGCAAUGGCCCUGCUUUCACUCGCUGGCGUUACACUCCCCCAACUGAACUCGUCAAUGCUAACGAGUUCAGGUAAGAAGGGUGUUAGCCACACGGUUGCAAACCGUCAUAUGUUAUUAUUCAGUCACAACUGGAUUCAUUACCUCAUUCAUCCUUCACACAGCCGCUGGAAAAAAUGUCAUUUAAUCCAUUUGCUGGCGAGCGGUAGAUCUGAAUUUUACGACACUAUGCACUCAUGCGCUGGUCCGCAUGGGAAACACAAUCUUGUUUACAACAGGGCCGAGAACCAAAAGUGGUAUUUGCCAUGUGGCAAAAUUGAUUUUGCCAUAUGGCAUUUUUUUGCAUGCUUGCAUAGCCGUUAAUGGCAUAACCUGACAUGGGUGUCAGUUGAAUGUCAGUACACUUUAAUUGUAAGUGGAUGGCCAAAAAUCAGAGCCACACGUUUUUCUGCCAUUUAAAAUCAAUGGAUUAUUUGGACAUGCAUAGCCGUCAAUUGCAAAGCCUGAGUUGGGUGCCAUUUGAAUGUCAAUGUGCUGUAAUGUAUAGUGCAUGGUCAAAAAUCACAGCUACACACGUUUUUCUGCUAUUUAAACUGAAUGGAAAAUUUGGACGUGCAUAGCCGUCAAUAGCAUGGCCGUGCAUGGCCUGCAAAACUGCCAUAUACCCCCAUAAAAUGCCACAUACCCACCCCACCCCCAAAAAACACAAACCAGAAUCCGUUUUGCCAAAUGCGGAAAAAAGGGCCACAUUUCAAAAUCCAUUUUGCCACAUGGCAAGAAAAUGCCACAUGGUGAAGAAAAAUGCCACAUGGCAAAAUCCAUUUUGCCACAUGUCAAAAAAAUGCCACAAACCAGAAUCCAUUUUGCCAAAUACGGAAAAAAAUGCCACAUUUCAAAAUCCAUUUUGCCACCUGGCAAAACAAUGCCACAUAGGAUAGAAAAAAUGCCACAUGGCAAAAUCCAUUUUACCACAUGGCAAAAAAAUGCUACAUGGCAAUAAAAUGCCACUUGUCAAAAUCCAUUUUGCCACAUGGCAAAAAAAAAAAUGCCACAAACCAGAAUCCAUUUUGUCAAAUACGGAAAAAAAUGCCACCUUUCAAAAUCCAUUUUGCCACCUGGCAAAAAAUGCCACAUGGCAAAGAAAAAAUGCCACAUGGCAAAAUCCAUUUUACCACAUGGGAAAAAAAUGCUACAUGGCAAAAAAAUGCCACUUGUCAAAAUCCAUUUUGCCACUUGGCAAUAAAAAUGCCACAUGGCAAAGAAAAAACGCCACAUUUCAAAAUCCAUUUUGCCACCUGGCAAAGAAAAAAUGCCACAUGUCAAAAUCCACUUUACCACAUGGCAAAAAAAAUGCUACGUGGCAAAAAAAUGCCACUUGUUAAAAUCCAUUUCGCCACAUGGCAAAAAAAAAAAAUUGCCACAAACCAGAAUCCAUUUUGCCAAAUUCGGAUAAAAUUUGCCACAUUUCAAAAUCCAUUUUGCCACCUGGCAAAAAAAUGCCACAUGGCAAAGAUAAAAUGCCAUAUGGCAAAAUCCAUUUUACCACAUGGCAAAAAAAAAUGCUACAUGGCAAAAAAAUGCCACUUGUCAAAAUCCAUUUUGCCACAAGGCAAAAAUAAUGCCACAUGCCAAAAUCCAUUUUGCCAAAUGGCAAAAAAAAAAAAAAAAAAAAAUCCACAUGGCAAAAUCAAUUUUGCCACAUGGCAAAAAAUUGCAACAUGGUAAAAUCCAUUUAGCCAAAUGGCAAAUACCACUUUUGGUUCUCACUGCCUCUGCUUGUUUAAGGCAAAAAACUUGCGCUUUUGUCCUGCGGUGUCGCUAAAAUGGCCCAAAACUGAAAAGUUACUAAGUGUUGCUUUAAAUUGAUGACUGGAAACGGAGAAUUUUCCUUUUGUAAAAGUUUACUGUCAGUUUGCACAAAGCAUUUCUUGUUAUAUUUCCAUGGAUUGUUGAAAAAAAAAAAAAACAA